CAAUGUAAAGGGGGUCUAAAUUAAUUGCAUGCAACAUUUUUUUCAAAACACUGUUGAAAAACAGUCAAUCGUUUUCCUUCCACUUCAUAAUCCUGUGCAACUUCGUGUUAGUCUACCACAUAAAAUCCCAAUAAAAUACAAGGUGGUUGUAAUAUGAAAACAAUCCCGACGCUGUCAACAACGCAGUGCAAAGAGGUCUUCAGGCAUGUCCGGAAGAUGAUCAGCCAAUGCUAUCAGCAGGAUCCCAGGUCCCUUCUCCGAACCGUCAAUCCUCGAGAGGCAGAGCUGCUCGAUCCUGCGGCAGGCGUGUUCAUCCAAUUUCGACUAGGAGGGGUCAAUUUUCCUCCCCAGAUCUACUACAAGAUCUUCACCUACCGGCCCAUUGUGGAUAUAGGAGCAAGCAGCCCAAAGGACUACAAUCAGCUCCAGCGCAUGAAGUAUUUGACUGAAGAGAGGGAUCCGACUCUGCAAAUGAUGGACAGAACGGGCUGGUACCAGCGUGUGGAGAACAACAACUGGAGGCUCUUCUGUUGCAAAGCCAUUACCAAGAAAAAACCCAUAGACUGUUUUGUCACCAAAAAAAUAGACUUUCAUCCAUCGAAGACGCAGCGGAUACAGGAUGUGAGGAAAUGGAAGAAAAGGAGGAAGAUUGAGUGGCUGAAGAGGAUGUACAAGGAGGGCCGAGAGGAGGAGCAGGCUCUACAGGAGACUCUGGAGGAGCAGUCCGAUCAGUCUGACUUGCUCACAAUAGAGAGGAAAACGGCGAAGGACGUGAUGCUCUCUAUCGAAGACAAAGGAGAAGAUGAAAUACUGGACUGGGAGCUGGACGAACUGUUGGCCUGGACAAGCAGCCUCAACUUUGAGGAGUACAUGGAAGAGUGGAAAAACCAGGCCUGCAGUCACACGUCCGAGCCGAACAAAGAUCGUCCAGCAUUAACGCCGAUGGUGGAUCUGACUCACUUGGGAGUUCCAGUAACUUAGGUCAAACAGAAUAAAACUAAGAAUGGCUCCAAAAGCUU